ACUGCGCUGUUGCCAACUUUCUUUGUCGCCAUUAUUUUAGCCUGUUUUACCACACGUACAACACAACUGGUCAAGAGAAGUGAUUUUUCAGAAAAAAUGCUAACAAGAAGCCGUGCAAGAUGGUCAACUACCAAUGAACGCGCUAUCGCAGAAGAUCCCGGUGAUUCUGAUGACAGUGUUUAUUCUGAUGAAGAACCUGAGAUAGGAUCGUCACAGUUGAAUAAUUCUAGUGACGAUGAUCGUAGUGAUGAAGACGAUGAUGACCAUGAGUAUGUUCAAGAUGCAAAUAAAAAUAUAACUAGCAGCACAAAGAUUCAAUCCAAGCAAAAUUUUUUUUCGGCUAAAGAUAAAGAAACGAAAUGGUUUAUUGAACCUCUUGUAGGAGGGAAAUCUAAAAAAAAGAAUGUUCUCACUCAAGCUCCGGGAGUAAAAAGACUUGGUCGCGCAGCAAAAACACCUUUGGAUGCAUGGAAACUCUUUUUCACUGACGAAAUUUUGGAGAGUAUUGUGAUCAAUACAAAUCAAAAAUUAAAAAAACGUCAGGUUAAAUAUAAACGUCGUAACGAAUGUCCUUUGACGAACAUGGAAGAAAUUCAAGCUCUUCUUGGAUUAUUAUACUUGGCUGGGAGUCUGAAACUGUCACACACUCAAGCCAAUGAUUUAUGGUCAAUGGAC